UGCUCAGUUCCACAAGUAUAGCACCUAAUCGGGUCCGCCAUGACAUCGGGACAUUGAGUGAACGGGACAUUACAAGUCUCCAGGCAGCACUCUACGACCUUCAGCAGGACACUUCCAACGAGGGCUGGGCUCAUGUGGUCUCCUUCCAUGGUGCUCCUGCCCGAUGUCCAGAUCCUGACCACCCAACCGUGGCCUGUUGCCAGCAUGGCAUGCCCACAUUUCCUCACUGGCAUCGGCUGUUCACUUUACAGGUAAGGAAAGAUAACUGCCUGUCACUGAUUGUCGAACAAGCUCUUGCCAGGCACGGCAGCCCGAUUGCUAUCCCUUACUGGGACUGGACCAUAGCCCUGACUGAGUUGCCCAGUGUCUUUACACAAACAACGUUUUAUGAUGUCUGGAGAGAUGAGGUGUACAUCAAUCCAUUUUCACGUGGGUAUGUGCCAUCAGAACAAGCCUUCACGGUGCGAGAUGUUCAACCCGGAUUAUUUGAAACUUCUAGAGAUGGCAGACACUCGAAAAUCUUCGACCUCGUUCUGUUUGCCCUGGAGCAGGUCGACUUCUGUGACUUUGAAGUCCAGUUCGAAAUGAUGCACAACGCCAUUCACUUCCUUGUUGGAGGACAUCAAACAUACUCCUUGUCCUCCUUGGAGUACUCCGCUUACGAUCCCAUCUUCUUCACCCACCACUCAUUCACAGACAAGAUCUGGGUCAUCUGGCAGACGCUACAGCAGAGGAGGCAUCUGGCAUACAACAGAGCCGACUGUGCCGUCAACUACAUGGCCAAACCCAUGAAACCAUUCAGCUUUGAAGGUUUCAAUCAAAACAAGUUUACCAGAGAUCAUGCUGUGCCAAACUCCCUGUUUGACCACAAAGAGCUUGGCUAUGCGUAUGACAACCUGAACAUUGGGGGUUACACCCUAGAUGAGCUGGAGAAGCUCAUCGCUGCCAAACAGAGCAGAGGACGAGUCUUUGCUGGAUUCUUACUGAAGAGCAUAAAGACUUCAUACACCAUUGAACUUCGUAUUUGCAUGCGCAAUCAAACAUGCCAUCCGGCAGGUCGCUUCAACAUUCUUGGUGGACCUACAGAGAUACACUGGGUCUUUGACCGCCUGUUUAAACUGGACAUUACAGAAGCUCUGGAGGAGCAGGGGCUCACAGCUGAAGACGCACUGGACGCAGAAGCCCAGUUUACAUUGGAUGUAAAUGUGUUUGAUGUGGAAGGCAAGGCUCUAAAACAGACAAAAGUCUUCCAGGAGCCAGUCAUUAUAUUUGAGCCCCCUCAAGGGGCCACAAAAAACAUAGUGUCUACAACCGUUGGAGGGAUUGGUGUUCGGAAAGAAGUGUCUACAUUGUCGCAGUCGGAGAUUAAGAACCUACGUAUGGCACUUGCAAAAAACCAGGCAGAUUUCGGUCCUAACGGCUUUCAGAAUAUUGCAAGUUUCCAUGGAGAACCCACUACCAGAUGCACCCACGCUGGACAUUCUGUUGCUUGUUGCCUCCACGGGCAGGCCAACUUCCCUCAGUGGCACCGCCUCUACCUCAAGCAAUGGGAGGACGCCCUCACAGCCAAGGGAGCUAAAGUCGGAAUUCCAUACUGGGAUUGGACCAAGUCAUUCACCGCUCUACCAGCCUUUGUCACGGAGGAGGAGGCGAAUCCCUUCCACCAUGGCAACACCCACAACGGGAAGAUGACCACCAGAGCACCGCGGGACACUCUCUUCAACGAUCCAGAGUUUGGGUCUGAGUCGUUCUUCUACAGGCAGAUGCUUCUGGCGUUUGAGCAGACUGAUUACUGUAACUUUGAGGUUCAGUUUGAGAUAACCCACAACGCUAUCCACUCCUGGACUGGUGGUCAGUCUCCCUAUGGCAUGUCCACUCUUGAGUACACCGCCUACGACCCGCUCUUCCUGCUCCACCACUCCAACGUGGACCGUCAGUUCGCCAUCUGGCAAGCCCUGCAGAAGUUUAGAGGUUUGCCGUACAACAGUGCUAACUGUGCGGUACAGCUCCUGCAUCAGCCGAUGAGGCCCUUCAGUGAUGAGGAUAACGUCAACCCUACCACACGAACCAACUCUAGGGCCAUUGAUGUUUUUGAUUACGAAAGACUGAACUAUCAAUACGACAAUCUCAACUUCCAUGGCUUGACAAUCCCAGAGCUCAACAACUUGCUGGACGAACGACAGCGCACAGACCGGAUCUUUGCCGAGUUUUUGCUGCAUGGUCUCAGAGUCAGCGCUGAUAUCGUGUUCAACCUCUGUGACGCUCAAAACCACUGUCAGUUUGCUGGAACUUUUGCUGUUUUGGGUGGUUCCACGGAGAUGCCCUGGGCUUAUGAUCGUCUGUUCAGAUACGAAAUAACACAGGUGUUCAAUAGCCUGAGACUAAGACAGGACUCCAAGUUCCACUUUGAGGUUCACAUCACGGCCGUCAACGGCACUCACAUGGAGCCCAGUCUGUUGAGAUCUCCUAGCGUACAAUUUGUUCCUGGAGGCAAGGGUUACGAUGUGAAAGCUCCAGUGCCAUUGCCAGAACAUAGACAGACGCUAAUGAGAAAGUCCGUGAAUGACCUGACCCUCGCAGAAUCGGCUAAUCUCAAGGAGGCGCUGCACAAGCUCCAGCAAGACCACGGUCCCACUGGGUUUGAGGCCAUUGCCAGUUUCCACGGAGCACCGUUUCUGUGUCCAGAAGCCAGGGAGGACAAAUAUGCCUGCUGUGUCCAUGGCAUGCCGACUUUCCCACACUGGCAUCGUCUCCUGACUCUCCAGUUUGAGCAAGCCCUGCAGAAGGCUGGUGCUCUGACAGGCGUGCCCUACUGGGACUGGACAGAACCUAGCAGAACAUUGCCUGUCUUCUUUGGUGAUGGGAGCAACAACAAUCCUUUCCAUGACUAUACCAUCACGUUUGCUGGUCAG